AAUCCACAUCUGCUGCGGUCAUACUGGCGCCGGUGUCAUCUCUAACAAAAAGUUCAUCAGUAUAAUUCGAACGUAUAUGCUUUUGUGAAAUUGCGUUUGGAAGCAGACGUGUACUAAAUGGAUUACAAGUCGGCCGUGUCCUCGCUGCAGGAGUUCUGCGCCAAGAACAAGAUCUGUCCCCCCACCUACGAGUUCAUCGACGGCGAGGAAGCUGGCUAUGUUUGCAAAGUAACACUCAUGGAAAUAGAUGCCUAUGGCAAUGGCCGUUCUAAACGUGACGCCAAGCACUUGGCUGCGUCCAAUAUUAUACUCAAAGUGCGUAAGCUACCAGGAGCCAGCAGCCUCAUCAAGGACAUGGAGGACGAAGAAAACAAGCCAAGCCAACUGGUGGAAGAGCUGUCGAAUACAAAUCGGGACAUGUUGAAAGAGCUGAGGGACUACUGUGUGCGCCACGAAAUGCCCCUGCCCACCAUUGAGAUCGUACAGCAGUGUGGCACUCCAAACGCCCCCGAAUUCGUGGCCUGCUGCAAGGUGGCCUCUCUGACCCGUUACGGGAAGUCGGACAAGAAGAAGGAUGCUCGCCAGCGAGCGGCAAUAGAAAUGUUGGCUGUGAUUUCAUGUGGCUCGGAGGAUUUACGAGCAGAUAAAAUGCAGGUGGUGAGCACGAAAGAAAAGGAGAACACAUUGAAUGAUGCUAUGGAUGACUUGGAAACGGAGCGCAGAAAGAAGUUCAACACCUAUCGCGAACUCACAGAGGCUGGCAGCGUUGAGAAUACGGGUCUCCGCCUGUGCGAUCGCCACAAUUACUUCAAAAGCUUCUACCCUGUCCUGAAGUCGGCUGCCUGGGAGACCAUCAACUCCAACGAGGAAUUCGCGUCUGACAAGGACAAGGCUCUCCAAGUGAUGAGCGCCCUGAAAAUCCGACCCCGAAUCACAACUGUGGCAUCGACGUCGAUAGAACCGAUGCUUCAAAUCGAACUGGACUGCGACUACGACUGCGUUUUUCUGGGUCUGGAAAGCAAGAUAUACCUUCAAGUAAUCAAUUACUUCAAAGAUAUGUUGUAUUAAUCCCUAGAAAUGGGCCUAUACGGAUAUAAAAUUUAUUGUUUAUUCCAUACCCAUGGAUAAGGUGUACAUAUAACCUUUAUUUCGUAGCUAUUUUAACUUACAAACUAGGCAAACUGCAUACUAUUUACAGACUAAACAAUAAUGCACAAUC